UCCAUCCAUCCAUCCAUCCACAUAUAAUUUAUUCUCCACCGACUCCGAACACUCCGCCAUUACUGCUCGAUCACAACUUCAUCACUACCAAUAAACUAAUCAUAUUCUUUUCUUUCAACCAACUAAUUCAUUCAUACAUGUAAAACCAAUGUCUCAUUCAUAAACCUUAAUUAGUUCUGCUCUCUAAAUCAUCAAAAAAUCGUAUAUCUAACUGUUUUGUUUGAAAAUGGCGGGAGAUACGAGUGAGGGUACACGACAACUUGAUCAAACUCCCACUUGGGCCGUUGCUGGAGUUUGUACCAUCAUCAUCAUUAUCUCCAUUGCUUUGGAGAAGCUUCUUCACAAACUUGGAAAGUUUUUCACAGAAAAGCGGAAGAAAGCUAUGUUUGAAGCAUUGGAGAAGGUUAAAGCUGAAUUGAUGGUUCUGGGGUUUAUUUCGUUAAUAUUGACUUUUAGUCAAUAUUACAUUGCCAAAAUAUGCAUCCCCGAUAAAGUAGCUGAUACAAUGCUGCCAUGUCCGGCGAGGAAUAAAUCUGAGAAAGGAGGAGAAGUGAGCCACAGAUUGCUUCUUUCGAAUGAUGGGCGUAGAACUUUAGCCGAAUCCUUGAGUUCCACUUGUGAAAAGGGUAAAGUACCGAUAAUAACCGUUGAUGGACUGCACCAACUGCACAUACUUAUAUUCUUUCUUGCUGUUUUACAUGUGGCUUACAGUGCUGUUACUAUGGCUCUUGGAAGGCUAAAGAUCCGUGGCUGGAAGCAAUGGGAAGAGGAAACUUCAUCCCAUAACUAUGAAUUUUCCAAUGAUCCUACAAGAUUCAGGCUUACCCACGAGACGUCUUUUGUGAAAGCUCAUACAAGUUUCUGGACUAGAUCUCGUUUCUUCUUUUACAUUGGAUGUUUCUUUCGACAGUUUUUCAGGUCCGUUAGCAAGUCUGACUACUUGACCGUGCGAAAUGGGUUCAUAAAUGUUCAUUUAGCUCGUGGGAGUAAAUUUAACUUCCAAAAGUAUAUUAAGAGGUCACUAGAGGACGAUUUCCAAGUGGUUGUAGGGAUUAGUCCCAUACUCUGGGCAUCCUUUGUGACUUUCUUGCUCCUCAAUGUUAGUGGAUGGCAAGCGAUGUUUUGGGCAUCAAUACUUCCUUUGAUUGUUAUCUUAGCAGUUGGAACAAAACUUCAAGCUAUAUUGACCAAAAUGGCCCUUGAAAUCACUGAAAGACACGCGGUUGUUCAAGGGAUCCCACUCGUGCAAGCGUCCGACAAAUAUUUUUGGUUCUCGAAACCUCAUUUAAUGCUACAUCUUAUUCACUUUGUUCUCUUUCAGAAUGCAUUUCAGAUAACAUACUUCUUCUGGAUAUGGUAUGAAUACAAGAUCGGUUCUUGCUUUCAUGAUAAUAUCAAACUCGUGAUCGUGAAACUACUUAUCGGGUUCGGGGUACUUGUAUUAUGCAGCUACAUAACACUUCCGCUAUACGCCCUUGUAUCCCAGAUGGGAUCACACAUGAAAAAAUCCAUCUUUGAUGAACAAACAUCCAAAGCCUUGAAGAACUGGCGGAUGGCGGCCGUGAAGAAAAAGCGUGGAGGCGGCAGCGUAGGCAGCAAUUCCCCGCGAUCUGUGGUGUCAUCGCCUAGCCGGUUCAAGACUACUGGCCACUCCCCGCAAUCUAUGGGGUACGAAGGGGCUGAUUUUUCACCAGAACAAUCUGCCACACACUUAAUAAACGUACAGGUCGAUCACCAGACGGAUAACAAGAUCGAUUCUAGUACUCCUAGACAGCGCGAUCUAAACAUGAAGAACGAAGAUGAUUUCUCUUUUGAUAAGCCUAUGCCAUUGUCGUCAUAGAAGUAGACGAUGGGUUAAUUUAGUCCGUAUUUGGAGGCUAUAUUUCCCGCUUAUAGUAACGUAUAAUUCUUUUCAUAUUAUAAUCACAGUUCAUGAGUGUCUAAUACGUUCUCUAUUGUCUAUAUCAUUUUUAGUGAUAUAAAGUUACUAGAUCCGAUAAUA